AUGAACGACCAGUACCACCGAGCAGCCCGGGAUGGGUACCUGGACCUCCUGAAGGAAGCCACCAAGAAGGACCUGAACUCACCGGACGAGGAUGGCAUGACCCCGACCCUAUGGGCUGCCUACCACGGCAACCUGGAUGCCCUGCGCCUCAUUGUCAGCAGAGGGGGUGAUCCAGACAAAUGUGACAUCUGGGGGAACACUCCUCUCCACCUGGCAGCAGCCAACGGCCACCUGAACUGCCUUUCCUUCCUCAUCUCUUUUGGGGCCAACAUCUGGUGCCUGGACAAUGACUACCACACCCCGCUGGACAUGGCAGCCAUGAAGGGGCACAUGGAGUGUGUGCGUUACCUGGACUCUAUAGCUGCCAAGCAGAGUAGCCUCAACCCCAAACUGGUGAGCAAACUGAAGGACAAGGCCUUUCGGGACACAGAGCGGAGGAUUAAAGACUGUGUGAAACUGCAGAAGAAGCACCAUGAAAGGAUGGAGAAACGGUACAGAAAGGAGAUGUCAGAUAAUUCAGAUACCAUGAGCUUCUCUAGCUAUUCGAGUAGCACCUUAAGCAAGAAGUUCCAACACAUGUCUAUGGUGACUUCCCUGCCAUACUCACAAGCCACCAUCCAUGGCACAGCCAAGGGAAAGACAAAAAUACAAAAGAAGCUAGAGAAGAAGAAGCAGGUGGAUGGGACGUUCAAGAUCUACGAGGAUGGGAGGAAAAGUGUGCGGUCUCUGUCUGGUCUGCAGCUGGGGAACGAUGUCAUGUUUGUGAAGCAGGGCACAUACGCCAGCCCCAAAGAGUGGACUCGGCGCAAUAUCAGAGACAUGUUCCUCACGGAUGAAGACACUGUCUCCCGUGCCAUAAGUGACCCAGGUUUGCACAUGGACUCAGCCCACUCAGAAGUCAGCACUGACUCUGGCCACGAGUCCUUGUUCAACCGCCCUGGACUGGGCACCAUGGUGUUCCGGCGCAACUAUGUCAGCAGUGGGCUUUUUGGGAUCGGCCGGGAGGAUGCUGGCAUGCUGGGUGAAGACAACACGGAUGGGGUAGGUGUCAAACUGCGGAGCCGCCUGCAGCGCUCGCCAAGUCUCAACGAUAGCAUUGGCAGUGCCAACAGCCUGCAGGAGAGGAACGCGGAGGAGCUACCCUGGGAUGAAGUGGAGCUGGGCUUAGAUGAUGAUGACGAACCAGACACCAGCCCCUUGGAGACUUUUCUGGCUUCCCUGCACAUGUUUGAGUUCAUCUCUAUCUUGAAGAAGGAAAAGAUUGACUUGGAGGCCCUCAUGCUAUGUUCAGACAAUGACCUGAAGAGCAUCAAUAUCCCAUUGGGUCCCAGGAAAAAGAUUGUGGAUGCCAUCCAGAGGAGACGGCAAACUCUGGAGAAGCCAGAUGUCAUUGUAGACACUGAACUGUAA